CUAUCGACCAUGUUCUCCUUUCUAGCACACCGCCGCGCCUGCGCGGCGAAACAGCACGAGCGCGAGGAGCGCAUCCGCACGCUCCCGCCCGAGUACCACGCUCCUAUCUCCGCAGCAGACAAGGAGCUGCUCGCGCGCCCCGCCACCGAGAUCGUCGCCCAAGUGCAGGCAGGAAAGCUUGAGCCCCUGCAUGUGCUGCGCACGUACGGCAAGCAAGCGCUCCGGGCGCACGCCGCCACGAACUGCCUGACGGAGGUGCUGAUCGCGAAGGCCGAGGGCUGGGCGGAGUCAUGCAACACGCAGGGCCCGCUCGCGGGGAUGCCAAUCAGCGUGAAGGACACGGUGGGGUUCGAGGGCGAGGACGCGUGCAUUGGGUACUCGGCGUGGGUCGGGCGGCCGAUGCAGCGGGACUCGGCGCUUGUGCGUCUGCUGAAAGACGCGGGCGCGGUGCCGUUCGUGAAGACGAACGUGCCGAUCACGCUGCUCUCGUUCGAGUCGGCGAACGAUGUGUUUGGGACGACGACGAACCCGCACAGCAAGGGGUACUCUCCGGGAGGCUCGACGGGCGGGGAGGCGGCCCUCCUUGCGUACGGCGGAUCGCGCCUGGGGAUCGGCACAGACGUCGCGGGGUCUGUGCGAGCACCUGCCCACUUCUCCGGCAUAUACACCAUCAAGGCGUCCAGUUUCAGAUUCCUGAAGAGCGGAAACUCGACGAGUAUGCCCGGCCAGGAGGGCAUCCCCGCCGUGUACUCUCCCAUGACGCGGACGUUGGACGACCUCGAGAUGCUCUGGAAGGCGGUCGUGAGUAUGAAGCCGUGGGAGUAUGACCAUUCGUGUCUUCCCAUCCCUUGGAGGGAGGUCAAUCUGGUCUCGGGGAAGCCGAUUCGCUGGGCGGUGAUGUGGGACGACGGCGUCGUCGCACCAUCUCCUGCAUGCAAACGCGCAUUGGAGACAGUCGUGUCAGAAUUGACCGCGCGCGGCCACGAGGUUGUGACGCUAGUCGACCCGCCGAGUCCGUACGAAGGAUUCAAGAUUGGCUCUCAGCUGCUCCUGGCAGAGGGUGGUAAACUCUCCACGAAGCCGAUCCGUUGGGGCGAGACGAAUGACCCCGGGGUGCGCCAAGCCCGGAUCGCGUUCGCAUUGCCGCGCUUCGUGAAGCAUCUGUACGCGUGGUACCUGCGUCAUGUCAGGGGCGAUGACGCCUACGCCGGGCUCGUCGAAACUGCUAGCGAGAAGAACAUCGAGCAGUACCUUGCACUCGUCGCGAAGCGUGAAGGAUACAGGGACCAGUGGUUCACGAAGCUCAAGGACGAGGCGAUCGACUUCGUGCUUACGGUGCCGAACGCGCUCCCUGCGACUCCUCACGGAGGCAUGAAGGGAGGUUUCAAAGGCUGCGGAUAUACCUUCCUGUGGAACAUCCUCGAUUACUCCGCAGGUAUUCUUCCGGUUACGCACGUCGACAAGGAGCUGGAUGCAUUCGACAAGAAGAAUUUCAAGGCGCGGAACUCGAUCGAGCGCGACAUGUACAAGAUGUACGAUGCGACAGCGAUGCAUGGCUUGCCGGUGGGCGUGCAGGUCGUCGGGAAGAAGUUGGAAGAGGAAAAAGUGCUGGAGGGGAUGAAGAUAAUCGAAGGACUUUUGAGAGAAUCGGGGAAAGCGUACACCCUCCUGGAACCGGCUGAGUGAUUCGACUGCACGAAAUGUACCUUUUACUUACCUUGUACAGCACUCGAGGUUGCGUCUUUCCAAUGUU